AUGCGUGCGAAAUACGGCAUCCUCGACUGCGACUUCUACAACUUCGACGAGACGGGCUUCAUGAUGGACAUGAUACGGCCAGGCAUGGUGGUUACGCGCUCGGAUCGGGUUGGUAAACUCAAGGCCAUUCAGCCGGGCCAUCGAGAAUGGGCGACGGCAAUUUGCAUCAUCGCUGGCGACGGGGGUGUAUAUCGGAUGCUGGUGCUCAAGGGUCAUGAGUGCCACGUCAAUGCCGAAUUCGAGGACUACUGCAAGGAGAACAACAUUGUCACCAUAUUUGUCUGCCUCCGCAUUCCUCGCAUCUUACCCAGCCUCUCGAUGUCGGGUGUUACAGCGUCUUGA